UAGAACACACAUUUUUCUACUCCAAUGCUAGAAAAAGAAACCAAUAAAACAACCUCAAACACUGUCUAUUCCCUACCUUGCUGCAUUCUUGGGAGAAAAAAUGGCUUUUACUUCUUUGCUCACAGCAUUCUAAAACUAGUGGAUCUGACACAACACUCACUUCUAUGAGUUUCUCAGUAAUGUUUUUCUUCAAUGUUCAUGAAAUCUUCCACCCCUUUUGAGUAUUAGUGUUUUGUUUCACGAAAAUGGCUCCAAGUAUAGAUUUUUCCAAGUGGGGUUGGGUUAAAGAGGCUUCAAAUUCAACUACAACUUCAAAGAAAGGUAACCCUGUUGUUGUUACUAUGGAGAAUCCAAAUUACUCAGUGCUUGAAAUAAAUGGUCCUGAUUCAGCUUUUCAACCGGUUAACAGAGAUAGAACCAAAAAUGCUAAACAAUUCACAUGGGUUUUGCUUCUCAAAGCUCAUAAAGCUGUAAAUUGUGUUGCUUGGUUAGGAAAUUCUCUUUGUUCACUGCUAAGUUCUGUCAAAAAAAGACUAUUUUUUGGUGCUGUGGAAAGUGAUGAGAGUGAUAAAUCUAUGAAAGCAAAGUUGCUUUUUAGAGUGAUUGUUGCGUUUUUGGUGAUGGCUAUGGCAUUUCUUUUGUUUGAACUUAUUGCUCAUUUCAAAGGUUUGUACUAUUUUCACAAUCAUAAUUUGCAUGUUCCACAAACUUGGGAGAUUAAAGGGUUGUUUCAUGAGGUUUAUGUUAAGUGGUUGGAGUUUAGGGUUGAUUAUAUUGCACCACCAAUUCAAUACCUUUCCAAUUUCUGCAUAAUUCUGUUCUUGAUUCAGUCUAUAGAUCGAAUGGUGUUGUGUCUUGGUUGCUUUUGGAUCAAAUUCAAAAAGAUUAAACCAAUUACUGUUGAUGGAAAUGUGGAAGAUGAUUUGGAAGGUUCAAAUUAUGGUUAUCCUUUGGUGCUUGUUCAGAUUCCUAUGUGCAAUGAGAAAGAGGUAUAUGAACAAUCUAUUUCUGCAGUCUGUCAACUUGAUUGGCCGAAAGAUCGGUUACUUGUUCAAGUUCUCGACGACUCUGAUGAUGAGAGCAUACAGUGGUUAAUCAAAGGAGAAGUCGCGAAGUGGAGUCAGAAAGGCGUCAAUAUCAUCUACCGUCAUAGGAAGUUUAGAACAGGUUACAAAGCAGGAAAUCUCAAGUCUGCUAUGAACUGUGAUUAUGUGAAAGAUUACGAGUUCGUUGCAAUUUUCGAUGCGGAUUUCCAACCGUGUCCUGAUUUCCUCAAGCAAACCAUUCCACAUUUUAAGGGAAAUCCUGAGUUGGCAUUGGUUCAAGCUAGGUGGACUUUUGUGAACAAGGAUGAGAAUUUACUCACAAGACUUCAAAAUAUUAAUUUGUGUUUCCACUUUGAGGUUGAACAACAGGUUAAUGGAAUCUUCCUUAAUUUUUUCGGUUUUAAUGGAACCGCUGGUGUUUGGAGAGUAAAAGCACUUGAAGAAUCCGGUGGCUGGCUCGAGCGAACUACCGUAGAAGACAUGGAUAUAGCCGUCCGGGCGCAUCUAAAUGGCUGGAAAUUUAUCUAUCUCAAUGAUGUAAAGGUACUUUGUGAGCUUCCUGAAUCAUAUGAAGCAUAUAAGAAACAACAACAUAGAUGGCAUUCGGGUCCGAUGCAACUCUUUCGCGUGUGUCUUCCAGCGAUCAUAACCUCUAAGAUCACAUUCUGGAAGAAAACAAACCUUAUACUUCUAUUCUUUCUUCUUAGAAAGCUAAUCCUACCAUUCUAUUCUUUCACAUUAUUCUGCAUCAUUCUUCCAUUAACAAUGUUUGUCCCCGAAGCCGAGCUUCCUAUUUGGGUUAUUUGUUACAUUCCUGUAUUCAUGUCAUUCUUGAACAUUCUUCCCGCCCCGAAAUCCUUCCCCUUCAUCGUCCCUUACCUACUUUUCGAGAACACUAUGUCAGUAACCAAAUUCAACGCCAUGGUAUCCGGUUUGUUCCAGUUAGGAAGCUCCUACGAAUGGAUCGUUACCAAAAAAUCAGGUCGUUCUUCUGAGCCUGACCUAUUAGCUGCUGAAGAACGCGAUUCAAAGGCAAUGAGUCUUCAACUUCAUCGAGGGACUUCUGAUAGUGGUCUUUCCGAACUUAACAAGAUAAAGAAACUCCAAGAUACCGUACCUGCGAAGAAAAUGAACAAGAUAUAUAAGAAAGAGCUUGCACUUGCAUUCUUGUUGCUAACGGCUGCGAUUAGGAGCCUGUUAUCCGCGCAAGGAAUGCAUUUCUACUACUUAUUAUUUCAAGGCGUGGCAUUCUUGCUUGUAGGUUUGGACUUAAUCGGAGAACAAAUGAGCUAGAAGGCCCGAAAAAAUGUGUAAAUUAGAAAAUCGAUCCUUAUACUGGUAAAUAAUCGAAGACUCCGACCGAUAUAAACUGCUGCGAGACAGUUGGUUUUGGCAGUUAAAACGCUUAAAGCAGCCGUGCGUCAAAUCAUAAUAAGUUUGUUAUUUUUUGAAGUAUCUUUAUAGAAACUUUUGUUUUCUUUUGUCCUUUUCUUAUUCUUCUGGUUUUCUUGUCCUUUUAUUGUUGUCCUGUAAGAUAAUCUAAUUCAUUUUAUCUCUUACACCCUAUUGUUCA